AUAACACCCACGAGUUUUGAAAGGUUACAAUUUUUCGGGCGCUGGGGAAAGUGGGGUAUUUUGUCUGUGGUUUUGUAUCUAACUUGCAAGCAGAUAAUUGGUGUGCACAAUGGAGAAAGUUGAAGAGCUUAUACGAUGUUAUGAAACAAGAAAAUCCACAAACAGCUCAAGCGACGGCACCCAAAACAAAACAACCCUUUCUUUGAAUUCUCUUGAUCUCAAAGUUAUACCUACAACUGUAUUGAAGUUGAGUUUCUUGACACAUUUAUACUUGGACUAUAAUGACAUAACACAUCUACCUGACAAUCUAGGGCAGUGUCUCACAUCACUUGAACUGAUAUCUCUCAUUGGAAACCAGUUAAGCAGUUUACCAGAAUCCGUAGGAGAAAUGACAAAACUUGAGCAGAUUUUCCUUAAUGAGAACCAGAUCACCCAGCUGCCUGCUUCUCUCUCUGGCUUGCAGAAGCUGAAAGUCUUAAAUUUUAUCGGAAAUGAACUAACAAGUUUGCCUGAUGAUUUUGGACAUUUGAUCUCACUUGAGCAAGUGUAUGGGGAGGAAAAUAGACUUCGCUUGCUCCCAGAUUCCAUCUGUUCUUUGGGGGAACUACAAGUGUUGGAUCUGUUUGGUAAUAAAAUCAAGAGCCUUCCAGAUAAUAUUGGUCAGCUCAUAAAUCUACAGGUGCUAAAUCUUAGAGAAAAUGCACUGUUAAGUUUGCCCAGCUCAUUCAAGGAUCUGUGUAGUCUAAAGCAACUAGAUCUCUCAUACAACUCUCUCCAAUAUUUGCCAGAAGACUUUUUAUCAUCUCAUUCCUUGGUCAAGCUUUAUGUGGAUAAGAAUGAACUGAAGUGUUGUCCACCUUGGAUCAGUGACAUGCCAAAUCUAGAGGAACUAUCACUUAAAAGCAAUCUUUUGUCUGGGCAGUCACUGUCUGAUUCAUUUGGCGACAAUUGCAAGAAGUUGAAAGUUUUGAGACUUUCUGGGAACUUCAUGAAGAAACUCCCAGACUCUCUGGGCCAGCUGCAGAACCUGGAGUACAUCCAUUGUGGGAGCUUUCUAGAUGAAUUGGAGAGAGGCAACUUUCAGAAUGGAAAUCAUUUGCAAUACUUGCCUGAUAACUUUGGCUGGUUGACCAAACUGACAGAAGUUCGGUUUGAUGAGAAUCACCUCCAUGCUUUGCCAGAAAACAUAGGUGGUCUGAUCAGUUUGAGGUUCCUGGAUUUAGGUCAGAAUAUCCUGAGAGUCCUUCCAGAGUCAUUUGGUCAGUUGCAGUCUCUUGAAGUGUGCUUGUUGUCCAGGAACCAAAUACAGAUCUUGCCAGAGUCAUUUGGCAAUUUGACCAGCCUCAUAGAGUUCAGAGUGGACAAUAACUUGCUUGCUAGGUUGCCGGAGUCAUUUUGCAAGUUGACACAAUUGAAGACUUUAGAUCUGUUUCACAACAGAUUGGAAGUUAUCCCCCAGGCACUGAGCUAUCUCACCAACUUGGUCAGGUUGGACCUAAAUGAGAACAAUUUUGGUCUCCCAGUGGAAGAGAUUCCAAGUAUUCUCAUCAAUUCCAAGUAUGCCCCGAGAGACAAGGCUCUGAGUCACAACUGGAGAGGACGUGGAAGGAAGGAUCAGACAGAGAUUGAAGUGACUAAGGUAGAAUCCACUGUUGAUAAAAAUGAAGCCGAGACUGAACAAGAAAUACCUUGGAAUCCAAUUAUACUGAAUAUUGCAAUGAGAAGAAACAUGUCCCUGUGGAAGUCUCAUGAAAGUGGCGCCACCAAGAGGGAAAAGUUCAGAAGGGAGGACGUAGUAUGGAGACAACCAGAGCUGGAAAACAGAAACGUAGAGAGUUCUGAUGAAGAGUGGGAGACAUUACCAGAAAUAUCCUCUAGUGACCUCUCCAGCAGCAUGGGCAGUGUUGUGACAUCUUCUAUAGAGGGAUACUCAAUUGGUGACACUGCCAUCAGGGACUUAAUUCUCCAGAGCAAAGAUGAUGAGGAAAUGGAGGAUUGGGAUCAAGAGGCAGAUGAGGAUCCAUACUAUUCUGUCCCAAUAUACAAACACCAAACUGUGUAUCCCAGGGAUACAAGUCCUGUAGAUCACCUCUUUGUACCAGAUGAUAUCCAUGUGCCAGCAAUAUGCCGACCACAGGUCAGUUUUCCAGUGGAGGAAGGUCAGUUUGAUGAUGUGGACAAUGAAGAUGACAAUUGGUGAGGGAGUUGAAGUACUUGCACAACUUUUUUUAUUUCAAUUGCAUACUAAUAUAUGCAUGUGGAUGACUGCAAACCCAGAGAGUGCCCAUUUGCAAGGAGGAUCAGUGAAUUGCAUAUAACAGUGAAGAGAAAGUUGGACGUUUGGAAAAGCCAUUGUGUGACAUUUAAAGUUGGAAUAUCUGGUAAUGACUCUUUUUUUCAGUGGAGGAAAAUUGAUUUUACAGGUACUGAAUUUUUUUUACCUCAAAAUUUCCUGAAAUUAGAAAAUUUUUGAGCGAUAGCAACAGACUUGAGAAGCAGGCUACAGAGUAUUUCUGUUCUAUAUGGUAAGAGCCACACAAAUGAAACAAAUUUUUUUUUAAGAUAACAAAAUUAGGAAGAUUGAUAAUUUUUUCCCCACUGAAAACAUCAGAGUCUUCACCAUUGUUCCAUAUCAGGAUUACUUUUAAAAACCGUCUCAUUGGUUAGGCAGCAUAGAAAUAAUUUAAAGAAGGCAUACAAACUUGUAAGUGAGGUGAACAUGAGAAGAAAGUUCACUUUUGAUUCAAAUAAAAAA